AUAAAAUUUUUGUGUUUCACUGUCUGGGAGAUUGUAAUAAAAAAACUAGUGGUACAACAUAUACAUUUUAACAACAGACAUAUUUACCUAAAAUAUCAACUACUUAUAAAAUAUAUUAUUUUCCCAAUCUAAAAGAUAAAAACGUUUAUUGUUCUUCGAAUGUAAAAACGUAUUCGUCAAAGAAUUAUAUUAUUGUAAAUCGACAAAAUAGAGUUGACUGUAUUAUUAUUGUAUAUAUUUGGUUCUAGGAUAAUAAAUCAUUGAUAGUGGUAACAAGAUUUAUUGAAAGGUGCCAUUUAAAGAGGUCACAAGGAAAGAUAAAAGUGUGAUCGCGAAUCCUAUUCUUGGUUUACGUUACGUUAAAUAGAAAUCCCUCAUUGAGCACCUUGCUGUAUAAAACAAAUAUGAUUUAAUGAUUAUAUUUUUUGCGUCUUAUUUAUUUUUAUUUUUAAAUAAAAAUCUACAAUAAAAUAAGAUGCAUAAAUAUUUAUGUGCACGACUAUCGAAGUAAUGUCAAUAGUUUAAUAAAACUGUGUAUUUUAAACUAUGCCAUUAAGCACUUCACGAAUAAUUUAUAACUUUCUUUCCUUCUACAUCAGUUUUAACUUAUGUUUAAUGUUAUUAGUUGCGUGUAGUAAUAGCAACUGCUUUCCAUAACAACAACUUCACUUGUUUCGCGCGCAGAGUUAUGGUUUCUAAAAAACUAUUUUAUUUCCAAUAGAUUCUCUAAUUUUCGUGUGUAUUUCAUUUCAUAAAUGUUAUAUAUGCAACAAAACAAUGCUGUGCAUUUAAAUUGAUUUUGAACAAUUUGUAUUAUCGCUAAAGUAAUAUCAUGUCUACGCUGGAAGAAGGACAUGUCGACGAAGAAAGUAUUUUACGUUUGUCUACUCAAGAAUACGAUCCUCUACCACCGCAAUUGAAAAAAGUCAAUGAACUAUUAAAAUCCAUAAAUACACAGUUAGAAGACUGUGCUUUAAAGUGGCAAGCCAAAGUUUCGCAUCAGCAAUGGAAAAUAUUUAGUUCAAAGACUCUUAUAAAAGAACCUUGGGAAGAAUCUCUAUUGGCUAGAACAUUUUUUUCUGAUAAAAUUUUAGAUGAGACUUUUCAAAACUUACUUUCUAGCAAUAAAUCUUUCUCAAAGCAACUUAACGAUUUCAUCUUGUACAAAUUAAUGUACAUUUCUAUAGUGCUCCUACAAAAUAAACAACCUGAUUCAUCGAUUUCUGAAAAAGAAAGUGUACCAAAGUACUGCCCGAAUAUAACUGCUAAUCAGAUAUCAAUGUCCAAGCAAAUCGCAGAAACACUCAAUCUCUCCUUGCCAAACUAUACUAACUCUAGUGUUUGGAGAAAAAAAGGGAACAAAUUGUAUACUCAUUUGCUUGGUAUUAACAGUUCGUUUGCUGAUGUUAUCAAAGCUAAAAUCAAUUUUGAUACCAAGUUUUUAGGAUUCGAAGCAGUUUUACAUAAGACAUCGACUACAGCACCAAAUGAUGUUUCUUGUUUUUGCAAAAUUCUUUCAAAUGUAAUGAUAUUUGAUGACAAAUAAUUAUUUAUGCAUAUUAUAUCAAAUGAUGCUCAAUCGUAUUUAACAAUAGGGUAGUGUAAGACAGAAGAAAAAGAUAGGAAAACUGACACUGGAUAAGAAAGAAAGAAAAAUACCAAAGAAGAAACGACCUACUAGAUCUAGAAGUUUCAUUCGAAGAAAAACAAAGAAUCAGUCUGCAUCUCUUGGCGAUGGUGAUCGAUCGAAUGCAAUAUAUAAAAGCAAGAAAAAAAUGACGCCGCUAUAACUUUUAUUUACAUAUAUACAUUAUUUGAUAUAGUGUACGGAAUAAUAUGAAAUAAAAAGAAAACUCAACACCCAUUUUACUCGUAAAAGUAAACAAUCCAAUAGAAGUAUUUGAAUAGAAUAAAUAGAGAAAAUAAUAUGAUAUAAACAAUUAUAAAUAAGAAAAUACUUUUUAAGAUGUAUUUUUAUUAAAUUUUUGUGAAAAUUAUGGGCAAUUUUACAUCAGGAUAAUCCACAUAACACUCUGUUAUACAUUUAAAAAAUUAUGAUUUUCUACUAUUAUGCUAGAAACUAAUUCUUAUUUUUAUGCAAUAGCAUUAGUUAAAUUCAUUUGUUAACAAUAAGAUUGUAGCGCUACGUCUACGUAUACAGAUUUUUAUCAAUCGAAUCAUUUGUAGGUUUUGAUUGUUUGAUUUAAAAUUGCAAUUUACACACGAAGAAUAUUUAAAUAAUUAUAAUACAAAACAAUAUCUUCUAUUUCAUAAGCAUAAAUUGUCUCAAUUAAAUAAAAAGUAUUUAAAAAUCACAUAUAUAAAUUUUGAAUAAAAUACAACCAUUUAAAAAUAAAUCAAUUUUUCAUCAUAUUAAUCUUACCAGCUUGUGAUACUAUUAAUCUAUUCAAUUCACAUUUAAUGAGUGAUUUACGAUGUUAUUUUGUAAAAGAAUACGCAAUAAUCACUCAGGUAUACAAGGAAUAUAAUCUAAUAUAUUCAUUAUAUGUAGAACUAGACAAAAAUGGAUAAAUUAUUAAUAUAAUAACGGAGAAAUCGAAAGAGAUUCUACAUAAUCUUGUUGGUAUAUGCUAUUCCAUAUGUAAAUUUUGAUUUUUGUAAAAUAAAACAUUAAAAAAACAAAAAAUAAAAUUAUAUAAAUAAAAAUAAAUAUGUAAAAAAUAAUUUUAAUAUUUAAAAAAUACUUAUUGCCAAAUAUAACGGAUGUGGGUCUAACAUUUUAGGGACAUAUCUUUUUUUAAUGGGAUAAUAUAAAUAAAAUAAAAUGAAAUAAGAAAAAACUAAUACAAUAACAAUAAUAAAAUAUUUCGAAAAAAAUAACAGAAAAUGUUUGAAUGUGUGCAUUUUUGCAACUUAUCGAUUUUGUAACUACCUAUUGAUUCUCUAAUAUAGUAGAUUUGUUAUUAAACACAAACAUCUUCUGCCAUAUAUUACGUACAAAUAAUACAAUUUGUUAUUGCUACUUUUGAAAAAUACACCUUCUAAGUACAACCAUAAAUAAAA